GUUUCAGGUGCGCCCUAGCGGCCGCGCGCCGCAACUGCAGGCGGCGCUGCUGCUGGAAAAGCCCCACAUUUUGUCUGAGACCGUUGAAGGGAGCUGUCCACCAAACACGGUGCUGAAGCGCGUCCGACACGGCAAGGUGUAAAAGAUGUACUGGACGAUGAACACACUGCCUCUUCCUCAGUAUGUUGAGCUGGGCGUCCAUUCACUGAGCGGCCUUCUGUGGACUCUUCUGCUCCUGUUUCUGUGGCACUGCUAUCGGAUCGGCUCCGACCUUACCCUGCCGGGCCACGCCCACGCUGGGAAGCUCAAGUCCAACUCAAGGCGGUCCAUGAUCUCCCGCAGCGUUAGCUGCAUCAAGACGAAAGGUAGCGCCAGAUCCAAACAGUCGAGGAGCGACCAGAUCGGUCCUUUUAUUUCCAUGGACAGAGUGAAGGAGGAUGAGCAGGGGACGGGAUACCUCACCCCAGUGCUGAGUCACUCCCUGUUUCCGGCUCAGGCAACUGCAGAAGCCAAGAAGCUGUAUAAGGCACUGCAGGAAUAUGCCAAACGCUACAGUUGGGUGGGAAUGGGUCGCAUUCACAAGGGCCUCCGAGAGCAGGUCAAACAGAACGAUCUCCCUGCGAUCCAAAAGCCUCAUCUCUUCUUCCUGCCAGACGUCCCAAGUGUUCCUUUUUUCCCACGUGACGCUCAUCGGCACGACAUCGAGCUUUUGGAAGCCAGCUACCCCGUCAUUUUGGCGGAGUUCCAGGCUGUUUAUCAGCGAGGCAUCGACUCUAAAACAGGCUGGACCUGCGUGGGGCCAAAGGGCCAGGCGGUGUUCCCGUUGUACAACGCUGGCGUGUACAUGACUGGAAACUGUCGCUCCUGUCCGUGCACUUACCGCACCCUUCUGUCCCUGCGAACGUUCAUAAACAGCAACUCCUUGGGAUCGGCAGGAUUUUGGCUGCUGGGGCCUGGAGCCUCGCUGGCGAGCUCCUACGGUCCCACCAACACACGCCUACGCUGUCAUCUCGGUCUCCAGACUCCACCUUUGUGUGAGUUGGUGGUGGGGGGAGAACCUCAGUGCUGGUCAGAGGGACACUGUCUCCUGGUUGAUGACUCUUUUCUUCACACCAUCUCCCACAAGGGUCCUCCAGAAUCUGGACCCAGAGUCAUCCUGAGUGUGGACCUCUGGCAUCCGAACGUGGCUGCAGCGGAGAGGCAAGCUUUGGACUACAUGUUCAGCCCUGAUCUCUGAUUCCUGUGUGCAACAUGCAGGGAUGCCUUAAACUUAGCCCUGUUUGUCCUGGCUCAUACAUCUCAUUCCAACCUACAAAACACUGUGUGAGAAAUACUAAUAUAAAGCCAUCAGUCAUGCAUUCAAGACUGAAUGCUUGGUUUACCAUUAGUGUGUUGCUUCCAGAUGUGCAACAUCCAGUACCAGGACUGGUGCGAGAACAGCAGAACUGUUGUAAAUAUCAGCAUCCCUCUCUAUUGCAGAGCAUGCAUGCUACAGUCUUGCAUGAGCAACAAAAGCAUGCGCUCAAACCUUCAGGAAGCAAAGGCCAUGGGAGCACUCCAGGCGCUCUUAUUUUGAAAUGAAGAGAGAUUAUCAAUGUUUACCAGUCAAAACUGUGAAAAACUACAAAAAAACACAUGGAUGGAGAUUCCAAUUUAUUUUUGUUAUUGCCAAAUAGAUUACUGUGGUUCUUCUGUGUCUUCUAACAAUCAUUUGUGAAUGCUGGAAUGAUUCUGUGAGGAUAUCUGUUAUGAUAUUUACUCUUUCCUAAUGAUUUUCUCUUGGAAUUGGUUUGCAUAGAAAAUAUGUCUGUGUUUCUAUUUAUUUAUGUACUUAGACAUAAAAAAAUAAAUCUUCAAGCAGGAACAAA